GGCCCGGAACGUCAAUAUUGCGCUUUCGAGUCGCAUUAGAAGAGUAGUCGUUCCGUCGAACCCGAUUCUCCGCUCGGAGUGGAAACCCGCAGGGAAAGCCGACAAGGGACGAUCAUAAAAAAGUAAAAAGGGCGUAUAAUAAAAAACUAGUAUAUAAAAUAUCAUAGCACACGACCCUGUGCAGCGAGCGCCACACUGCUGUGAAGGCGCGCUCGAACGUCGUAAAAAGGGGCAGGCCCCUCGGCGCUAACAACAACACAAACACAAGCAGAAGAAAAAGAAUAACAGAAGAAGCCGCAGUUUAUCCCUUGGAAAAAGCUCAAACAACGGAUCCAAGGAAGCGAGUAUCUGCAACACAGCACCAUCAUCAUCGCCUCCUGCGACGACGACUUGAAAGCAAAAACCGGGACAUUCGUCGCCUCUGGUUGUUUCCCCGCUCCGUAGAACUCACUUUUCUCGCGAGCCCUAGUGCCCCGCAUCUUGAAAACCGUGCAUAUCGUGCUGAGAUAUUAUUUACAUUUCAUUUCAUUUUAAUAGCUUCACUCUCGGGAGAAGUGAAACAACAGCAGUGUUAGAAAUCCCAAGAAGAAAAAAAGAAGAAAUCGUCGUCCCGCGCUUUGUUCAGUAUCCUUCGGCGGUAGUGUUUGUGCGCGUUGUUUAGAAAUAAUUACGUCGUCUCCCGUGUGUUAGGAAGAAAAGCCCGAGUGGAACUAACUGUGAGCAACUUUUCGCGGUGCGAAUCCCCCCAUCAAAAGUCAAUUAAGUACGUGCGUGUGCUCCAAGUCAAUUCUCACCAACCAACAACAACAACCGUAAACAGUAAACAGAACUUCAGUUUCCGUCAACCUCCGAGGUAAAAUGUUGGCCAUGUCCACGCUGAUGAUGCCUGCACCGACGAUGGCCCUCAGUGCUGCCCCUCAGCUGACGGUGGGACCGCACAAACCACCGGAAACAAAACUCCUAACGAUUCACCCGGCCCACUCGGCCCAAUCGCAGACGACGCCGCAGCAUCAGCUGCACCAGCAGCACCAACAGCAGCAGCAGCAGCAAGUUCAGCAACAACAACAGCAGGUUGCCCAGCAGCAGGUCGCGGCCGCUGUUCAGCAACAGCAGCAGCAAGUGGCCGCCCAGCAGCAGGCGCAACAGCAGCAGCAACUGCAGCAGCAGCUGGCCGCCACCGUCAAGCAGGAAAUGUCGUCGUCGUACCACUGGCAUCUGCCCCCGGCCAGCACCGGCAACGGGGUCGUCAAGAUGCCCUGGAAGACGUCCACGAUGACGGCGGCAACGACGACGACGACGGCGGGCAUGGGCGGCGUCACGACGACGGUGCGACACCACGGUUCCAAUGAGAACUUAGAGCAUUAUCACAUAUUUGUCGGCGAUCUCAGUCCGGAAAUCGAAACGCAGACACUGAAAGAUGCCUUCGCUCCUUUUGGGGAUAUAUCAGAUUGCCGCGUGGUCCGGGAUCCACAGACGCUGAAAUCCAAAGGCUACGGCUUUGUGUCGUUCGUGAAGAAAUCGGAAGCGGAGAAUGCAAUUGCUGCCAUGAAUGGACAAUGGCUCGGAUCGAGAUCCAUUAGGACAAACUGGGCCACCAGAAAACCCCCGGCUACCAAGGCAGAAUUGAACGCCAAGCCGCUCACCUUCGACGAGGUCUACAACCAGAGCAGUCCGACCAACUGUACCGUGUACUGCGGAGGCGUCGGUGGCACCCUGGCCGGUGGACUGAGCGAGGAAAUCCUGCAGAAGACGUUCUCCCCGUUCGGCACCAUCCAGGAGAUCCGCGUCUUCAAGGACAAGGGAUACGCUUUCGUGAGAUUCUCCACCAAGGAAGCCGCCACCCAUGCCAUCGUCGCCGUACACAACUCGGAAAUCAACGCUCAAACCGUGAAAUGCUCCUGGGGUAAGGAGAGUGGCGAUCCGAACAAUGCCCCGUCACUUGCGAGCCAGGCGCUCAGCCAGGCCGGAUUCCCCUUCAACACUGCGUACGGUCAACAGGUCGCCGGCUACUGGUAUCCACCGGCUCCGACCUACCCGACAACGCCAGCCCCGGCCGCCGCUCCGCUACAGAGCCAGUUCCUCCAGGGAAUGCAGGGCUACACGUACGGACAGUUCGCCGGCUACCAGCAGGGUUAUAUGGGAAUGGGCAUGCAGCUGCCAGGAGCCUGGCCCGGUGUUCCGACUCAGGCGCAGAUUCCUGCCACCGCUCAGCAGCUGGCACAGGCCGGCGUUGGUGGAGCCCUCCCGCAAGCAGCCGGUGUGGUCGCCUAUCCGAUGCAGCAAUUCCAGUUAGCUGACGAUGAAUGGCUAGCGCCAAGCCUUCUAGUGUAGCUCCCUUGAUGGCCAUCGUCACUGUGCGGCUGUGCGGUGCCACAGCACAAGUAGAGCUCCCCUUCCGUUUUGAUUCCGCAGAAGAAGAAGAAAAACCCCCAGUCUCUCCCAAAACGAAAACCAAAUUCCGUGUACCAUCACAAAUUUGGCACGGCCAUCACAGGCGCGCGGUGGAAGGAUCACAGAUACCAAACAGCAAACAAAUAAACAAACAAUGAAACAAAGCUCCUCAGUGCUGAGUCCACAGAGAGAGGGCACCACUCUAGUUUUAUCUCCCCAUUUCCGGUCGAAAGUCCGAGCGAAAAUGGUCAAAGUAGGCGCGUUGAAGCAAGCGACGAAGUUGAAGCGAAUUGUGAAAACAAAACUUAAAGUAUUACACUUACACUGAAGGAAAAAGUUUGGUGAUUGUACCAAGAAAAAAAUAACAAAAAAAAAAUAAAAACACAAACACACACAAGGCAUAUAAGAAAAUUGACAUAAUUGGUAAGACAUA